AUGCAGCGCGUACGACGAACGUCGCGUGAAGAAUUGUUGAAUGACUGUGAUGUAAUUCGGCAUAGUCUCCGUGCAAACGACUUGAGUACUGCAACUUCUAUAUUAGAAGGGUUGAUAGAACAAAUUGAUUUACUACCGACCGAACUGUCGCACACACUUGAAACUGGUUUGCGUGGCAUUUUGGACUUUUUCAUUGUCCAACAGAUGAGAGACCAGACACUCACUAAAGACAAUAACGUCCGUUUUGUCAUCGACUCUUUACUCACGUUUUAUUCAAAACACACACUGAAAGCAAUUAAAUCCCAAACUGUAUCAAACUCGUUGAAAAGUCUUGUGUUUUCAUUGAAACAAGUCUUCUUGAUUCUUAGACAUCCACCACAAAAUGCGGUGAAACAGUACACCAAUUACCCCAAAAUUGUCAUUGCUAUUUGGGACGAAUUUGUUAACGUUUUUUGUGCGCCGAGUGGUGCGUAUCCCGAGUCAUUACUCGAAAUCCUUAGCGACUGUUUGGACGAGUUUUUUAAGUUGUCGCUCUUUACUAAAGGUAUUCAGGAAAUGAUGCUUAACAUUUCUUUUAGUCACAUCUCGGCGGCUUCUGGUGUUGAGCGGAAGGCCAAGACCAAAUUUUUCAUAACAAUUUCUCGGUUUGGGAACAUGCAAUUUACUAACGCCCUUUCUCUUGUAUUAAACUCAUUAGAAAAGACGCUUUGUGAAGACCCGGAGUUGGAAACGGCAUUUCGUCUCGACAACUGUUCUGCACUUGAUCUCAUAUUAAAGAACCCAAAUAAGUACAAAUGCAUUAUUGGAAUCAAUUCCGAAGAAUUAAAACGUUCAGACUUUGAAGGUGUGUUGAGGUUUUUUGCGGAGAUGCACAGUGUGACAAACUCAAAAGUCAUUUAUGUCUUAAAGAACUACUUUUUGUUGUACUUUACUGUGAUUUGGAUUGGGCUCAACGUCACUUCGAUCACAUCAGUUAUCGUCAAUGCUGUUGAUUGCUUUAAUGCAUACUCCCCAACACUUUUUGAGUCGGGUGUGGAGACGGAGAGUACACUUCUUUUACUGACAAAGAUCAUUCAAAUCUUCAAUGACAACAAUGGCGAGAAGAAGAAUGAAAGAUUGUAUAGUGCAAGUAAAACAAUUAUCGCUAUAAUGUCGUUGCUACUAAACGUCCGGUUCGACCUUUUCGAACAACUUCUUCAUGGUGAUCAGAAAGAGAGUGUCAUGUACUUUGUACACACAAUUAUACGUAUGAUCGACGACGUCAAAAUUAGAGACAAAACAGAGCAAAUAGGGUUUGUCUCGACUCUUAUUACAGCAGUGUUUAAUCAACCCCGUAAUCGUCACGCAGAGCUCUUCAGCUUCCUCUCGAUCGAUCCAAAUAUCGUUUUUGAUAGCUUCAUUAAACUCACAAAUUCACUUGAGGCUAACGUGAAAGCCGCUUAUUUGGCAUUAGCGAAAGGAAUUAAUGUGCUAAUUGACGCAGACAUUCAACAACACGCGACAUUGUUGUGGAGGUUGGUCGACAUUUUCUUUACUAUUCCAGUGACAUACUCUUUUGGGGUGACGUGCACAUACUUACGAUCUUUGCAACAAUUGAAGCUCAACAAAUUAUUCAGAGCAGAACAACAACAUGUUUCAAUUCCACAUAGAAAUGGUAUUUACACGAUAGUGUGGGAUACUAUUCGCUAUUUUCUCCGUUCACCGAAUGAAGCAAUUGGAGAGGCUGCUGCCGAAGUUGGUGGUACUGUUGGGGUGAGUCCAAAUGAAAUCAUCCAUGACCCUAUUUACUUGGUCAAUGAACUUCGUUGUGUUUUAUAUGGAAACACCUACAACAUGGUCUUCCCAAGAAAAUACGUUUUACCACGACAGAAAAACCCCUUGAAUAGGAAGAAAUCGUUGAUAUCAUAUGCUAUGAAUGCAUCUUUUCAUGUAUUACAGUGCCACAACUCAGUAUUAAGUGGUAAUGCUGUUAAUACUAAAAUUAAGAGUUUGACGAAUGCAGUCACUAUCAUCUCAUAUGCAGCACUCGCACAAGAAAGUUCGGAGAACCCGAUAUACUAUACAUGUUUGGAGUAUGUGCUUAGAUUGCUCCACUGUUCUCUUAAUGUCUUCCACCCACAAAUUAUUUUACAAGCAAAUCAAUUCAAUGUGAAAUGCACUUCUAAUAUUUUACUCUCAAGAUUCGGCGAGGAGAUGGCUGAGAUGUAUUCUAUCGCGUCACAUAACGCUGUGCACCCAACUGAAACGUUUGUCGACGAAUUGUUAUAUUGCUUGGCUGUGUUAAUAAGACGAUGUGGUGUUGAUAUCAUAUCGUGCCACAUUUUCGACAUUUCAUCAUAUGUCAAGUUGUAUCACAUCGACCAUUUACUUGCAUGUGUGUCAAUAUUAAACGAACUCUCUGCGUUAUCUUCUGGUGCUGUUAUUCCAACACAAAAUGAUAAUUCCAAUUCAAUCAAUUCCUCAAUAUUUCGAGCUUUCUCAAAGCCACAGAAGAAGCGAAUUGAUUGUUCGGUCUCUCCUUCAUUCGAAGAAAAGCGAAGGACAAAGUAUAUGUCUGGCCCGGUGCGUUCUGUGUCUUCAAGUGUUUCUUUUGAUGCAACAACGAUUAAUGUGAGAACAGAGAGCGGAAGUGAAGAAAGUUUUGUCGAAGGAAUUGUGAAGCCAAAACCGAGUUGUGGGCAACCAGGACCAAAUCGUUUGAACUGUUCUGUGAAGUUGUAUAAUGACAUAAAGAAGGAAAGGAAACGAAAGUAUCAACAGAAAGGAUAUACGUUGACCGACUUACAAGGGAUUACUAAUCAAUGGGUACCACAGAAAUGUAAAGAUAAGAGUGUUUGGCUUCAAACAAACAUUCUUACUAAUUUGGUUGUAUCUGAUAUGAUCAAUGGGUUUUCAUUGGACUACGACGAGAGGUGUAUAUUAAUGGAUUAUACGUUGAAAUUCUGUAAAGCAGGAUUUACUAUUGGAGCCCCGGACUUCACAGUCUCAAAGAAGACCAAUGUGUUUAUGCACAAUAUUGAAGAGAGUUUAUCAAUCAAUUACAAGUCGCUUUACACAAAAUUGUUUGCACAGUACAAGAAGGACGCAAGUCAAGUUGACAACUUCAAGUCGUUGUAUCAACAAAACAUUCCGUCACACUUUGUCAUUCCAGGGAUUACUUCCAUCAAUUUUGAAGAUGUAGAGUCCGUCAAAAAGUUCAUAGUGUAUGUACAAAGGAUUGAUAAUUAUCACCCAAAUUAUCAUUGUCUGAGUGCUAUUGAAAUUGGAGUAUCUGCACAGAUAUUGUACAAUACCAUUAUGACAAUGAGAGGAGUGAAGACAUUCGAUCAAUAUGGCAUUGAUGAUUUGUUCGACAUUUUCAAACCACGAACAGAAGACAAAUUGUGUUCCAUCCACGAGUUUUACGAUAUGAUCUCUGACAGGUAUAAAGACAACGAAAAGGUUCACCACGACUCAACCGUCAUGAGUGUGUUACUUCAAGGAUUUUACGAAUCGAUGCUGUUUCUAGCAAAAGUCGGGAAUGCAACAGAUCCCAUUUCAAGGGCACUGUUUAGAACACAUCAAGACUUGUUGUGGGGAUCUAUUUUUAACCACGACUUGUUUUACUUGAACGACACCUUCUCGUUAAGAAACCAAAUCAACUCAUUAUUAAAAGAUGCGUUAAAAGAAAUUAAUAAAUUCCCUGUCAAUGAAAGACCCGACGCUUAUAAACAACUUGUCGAACACUCAACAAGUUAUGUCGAUGAGUUCACCCAUCCCGCGCUCAAGUAUUACGCAGACAAAAACGUCAAAAUUGAAAUGAAAAUUGAAGACUCGAACAACCAAAAGAUUUUCCAGUCUUUUACUUGUAUCAACGACACUAUCGACUCGUUGGUCCCACAACAAAAGACACAACUGAUCACAGGAGAAGUCGUCACGAUUGGAGCGAAGUUCGGGAUUGUUUCGACGUUGGAAGAAGCGAUCAAAGAAUUCACAGAGACGUGUGAGGCUGAGCGUGCUGAAAUGCUCAGAGAGCUAUUGAUCAAAGAAAUGAAGAACGGACGAUUUGACCCACUUCUGAUCGACUUUACGUCGAUGACUAUUAACACCAUCGACUUAAUCACAAAGUACUUGCGCUAUGGCCAACCCUCUGAGGUGCAGUUUUAUAAAAACUUAUCCAAAAUCCCACAGUUUUAUCGAUCUUUCAAACUCUACGAAGCCAUUCUUUACCAUUUCACAAAGUUUGGCAUCAGCUUCAAGAUUUUGGAGAACACUUUGAACUGUUCUGUUGUACUCAAAUCGUCUCCAAGCGACCCAUUGGACCAAUUCUGCGAGAUGUCGGAUCUGAUUUACUCGAAAGCAAACAAGGUGCCGAGUGCUCUAAUGAAAGAACUUCUUUUUACGCCACUGAAUUAUGAGAAUGGAUAUUUGUUAUAUAACUCGUACUUCAUAGGACAUGCACCUUUCUCAAGGAAUGAUAAAUACACUAAGACAGAUGGCAUUGUUCAAGAGAAAAUGUUUACACCACUGUAUUCCCAAACAAACGCACAACACUAUUCCUCAAUGAUUUUGCCGUUGAUGGAAAAUGUGAUUCAUGAACUGUUCUUAAGAAGACUUGGAGACGCGCAGUCGAAGUACGGAAGUGUGCUUCCCGUUUUCAAGGACGGACGCUAUGUCAAUUCAUCCCAAGAAUUACUCCACUCGGAAUUUUGGAAUUACAGAGCAACACCCGUUUCGAGUGAAUUGGAGGCACUUGAAGCCAUUCAAUGCAUUCGAACGUACACAACAAUCACAUCAUAUACUGAACAACUUGUGGACUUGGUUUGUUCACUUCUUGACAGAGAAAAUCCAAACCAGAGACUUCUAUCUAUUUUAGUGUCAUUGUUAAUAACAUCAGACUGUUCAAACCACAGAAGAAAUCGAUACAUCUUUACACAAGCAAUGGAACUUAAUGAACUUAUAUUAUGUUCUCCAUUUUUAGUGGACUCGGAACCAGUCAUUCCACAAUAUCUGAGUAUUAGUACGAAGACACAAGUGUACAGGAAGCUUAGAGAGUUCUUCCAGGACAGGUUUGUCAUCACAACAUAUAUGAACACUCCACAGUUCUAUCAAUUGAUUUGUCUUCUCAAUUUCCAAGAGUCACCAGUCAUGUUCCUUCACAUUGUCAACAACUCGAGUCUGAAAAAUGGGGCUGCAAGAAGGUGUUUGGUCGACUUGUUCUUGACAGAGACGAUGCUUUGCAACCAAAAUGUUGACAUCAAACAACUCAAAGACGAAUACUCUAUUUGUUUUGUUGCAAUGGUCAAUGCAUAUUUACUCAACCCAAAGGCAAUUUUCGAGUUGAUAAAACAUGGAGAAAGAAAGAAAGUCUUGCUCUAUGUGAAUAUGAUACUGUCACAUUAUUUCAACACAGAGAAGACUUCCGAUAUUGUCGAAGCACUCACUUCGUUGGACUGGAAGACAGAGAAUUUGUCAUAUCCCAUUAUCAAUGUCAUCGUGUUCAUUCUCAUGAUUUUCAGACACUCCGCGUUUUCGGAUAGUGCCUCUUUUGUGCUCGAGAAACUCCUCAAAUACACAUCGCUCGUUGAAAAGUAUAGGUAUGAGAGUGGAGUGCUCAUUAACACAUUCUCGGAAAUCCCAGACGAUUACAUCACAUUGACAAUCACUUCUAUCAUCAAGCAAUUGUUCACUCUCAUUUGCCAUCCCCAUUCCACGUAA